GCAGAUGUGGUGGCAGGGACAAGGAGGGCUGAGGCCAAGCCUUCCUGUUCUUCCCUGGUCCUUGCUGCCCCUCAGCGGCCCCUGGAGCUCCCCGGGGCCCUCCUGCCGCAGCCCCUCCCAGGGCGGGAGCCAGGGAAUCGGGAGGGCCGGCUCCCGGGCCUCCGGGUCAAGUACGUCUUCCUGGUGUGGCUGGGCAUCUUUGUGGGCAGCUGGCUGGUGUAUGUGCACUACUCGACCUACGCGGAGCUCUGCCGCGGGCACGUCUGCCAGGUGGUUAUCUGUGACCAGUACCGCAAGGGCAUCAUCUCCGGCUCCAUCUGCCAGGACUUGUGCAACUUGCACAAGGUGGAGUGGAGGGCCUGCCUCUCCUCUGUUCCCGGCCGGCAGGUAUACAGCGGGCUGUGGCAGGGCAAGGAGGUGACCAUCAAGUGUGGCAUCGACGAGGGCCUCGACUCCAAGGCCAGGUCGGACGCGGCCCCCCGGCAGGAGCUGGUACUGUUUGACAAGCCCACACGGGGCACCUCGAUUAAGGAGUUCCGAGAGAUGACCCUCAGUUUUCUCAAGGCGAACCUGGGGGACCUGCCGUCCCUGCCGGCGCUGGUCGGGCGGGUCCUGCUCAUGGCGGACUUCAACAAGGACAGCAGGGUGUCCCUGGCGGAGGCCAAGUCAGUGUGGGCCCUGCUGCAGCGGAACGAGUUUCUGCUGCUGCUGUCCCUGCAGGAGGAUCACGCCUCCAGGCUGCUGGGCUCCUGUGGGGACCUCUAUGUCACCGAGGGCGUCCCACAAGGCUCCUGGCACGGGGCCGCUCUCCCACCCCUCCUGCGCCCGCUGCUGCCCUCCGCCCUGCACACGGCCCUCCAGCAGUGGCUGGGGCCCGCGUGGCCCUGGAGGGCCAAGAUCGCCAUCGGGCUCCUGGAGUUCGUGGAGGAGCUUUUCCACGGGGCCUACGGGACCUUCUACAUGUGCGAGACCACGCUGGCCAACGUGGGCUACACGGCCAAGUACGACUUCAAGAUGGCCGACCUGCAGCAGGUGGCGCCCGAGGCCGCCGUGCGCCGCUUCCUGCGGGGCCGCCACUGCGAGCACAGCGCGGACUGCACGUACGGCCGGGACUGCAGGGCCCCUUGCGACAAGCUCAUGCGCCAGUGCAAGGGCGACCUCAUCCAGCCCAACCUGGCCAAGGUGUGCGAGCUGCUGCGGGACUACCUGCUGCCCGGCGCCCCCGCCGACCUGCGCGAGGAGCUGGGCAAGCAGCUGCGCACCUGCACCACGCUGAGCGGGCUGGCCAGCCAGGUGGAGGCGCACCACUCCCUGGUGCUGAGCCACCUCAAGACCCUGCUCUGGAAGGAGAUCUCCAACACCAAGUACUCCUGAUGGCGCCGCCCUCCCGCCCACCAGGGGGCGCCCGGGGCCCUAGCGAGCCACUCCCCCCUCUUCACCCUGCCGGGCCAGCUCUGCCUGCCGAAGAGGCCCGGGCCAGGACCGAGGCAGGGAGGGGGCCUGGCCAAGCGGCCGGUCUGCACAGAAGCCCGGGAGGUGGUGUGGAGCCCUUCCCCCACCCCCCACCUUCCCAGCUCUCCAGACCCCACGACCAGACAGAGGGGCUGUUGAGCUGGACCGGGAGGCUGGGGUGGGGGCGGGGGAGCAGGACCGGAGUACCCGGAGCCUGACCACCAGGGGCUGAAGGACCCUCCCAAGGUUUUGUUACCUUUAAGGACUCGUGAUGUAAAUAAACAGCUUUUCUGUGA